AUUACCAACGCAAAAAAAACUACAUAUUCCAUUCAAUAGAGAGCCACAGACUGCAGCACUUUAAUGACACACAUAUUUACUGUAUCUGCGUGCAUCCCCGUUCGUGAAUGUUUUUUUUUGUGCUGCUAAAAAUGUAGAAUUGUCGUGACCACCGUGUAGUCGGUCACCACCAUACGACUUCACACGAGCAAGGAAAAAACAACAAAAAAGUUACUGGUGGCAGACGUACAGCCACUACAGGUAUUGGAGCCAAAUGUACUUUUGAAAUGUCAGCAGAUGAGACGAAAAACACAUCUGAAAAGGAGCCUGUGGUGAUAACUGAGGUGGAAGAUCUUUCGGCUUAUGAGAGUUUAAAAAAAUUUAGUGACACGCCAUCGGCCGGUAGUGUCCCAGAUGUUUCUACACUAUGGAAGCUGUUGUCAGAACUACAAAAUCUACACGACUUUGAAUUCCGACGGAAAUCGCUAUUUAAAAAGGAGUGCGAGCGUUUGAAACGAUUACUCGAGAAACGCACAGCCGAAGCCGAUUCGUCUGCAACAAACUCAAAGGAUGCCACCGACGUUUCCAUCGUGAAGACGGAGGAGGAUCUUGGUUUGGUGAACGGCAGUACCACCGAAAUUGCCACCAAAGAUUUCGUGUCAGAUGAGACGGAGGAGGGUCCAAAACCGAAGAAACUGAAAGUCGAAGAGCCAGCACAUGAUGGCGUCUCGGCACAAGAGUUGGGGAAAACAGAAACUGCGCUUGAUUUGCCGGUGAGGGAAAAGGAUGUUGACGAUAACGCCAACGCCAAAACGGCAGAAGACUUGUUUACCGGCUGCCUGGAAACAAAAUUACUCACUACAGAAAGUGAUGAAGAAAAGAAACGUUUACUUGCUGUCGCUUCUUUCCCCCAUGAUGAUUUACUGAAUCUCGUUGCCGGAGAGCCAGCUACGGCCGACUUUUCCUACAGCAAACCGUCUAACCAGGUUGCCAUCUCUACAUACUACGGCGCUUUGGAGCAAUACUUUCGCGCUUUUACAGAGGAUGACAUGAACUUUCUGCGUGAAGAACCCGACAUCCAGUCUGCAUUUGUUAUUCCGCCCUUAGGUCCACACUACUACGACGUAUGGGCUGAAGAGGAAGACGUUGCCAACUUUUACGCUGCUCCCAUGCGGCAGAGCUUGUCGGUAGCUCCUCACGGCUUCGCUUCGAGCAUACAAGAAAGCAACCUACACACGGAGGACAUCAGCUGUGGCCCGUUGACCGAACGUCUGCUUUCAGCUCUUAUCCAACAACCAGCCGACGUUGCUGACUCUGAUGAUGAUGCAUCAAUCCUUACCUCGGACAAGCUUGAGUCACCUUCCACGUCAAAAACCGAAGCAAACGUCGUUUCCGAAAACUCUCCAGAUCCCUCUUCUACGAAAGACGACGAACAACCAUCCUCUGAACAAGCAGAGGCGGCGGAAAACGAAGAGACGCCGUUCACCGAUAUGAGCUUUUCGCGUUUCGAAGACUAUUUGAAGCAGCGGCUAAGGAACCUAAACAUGCUUUACGAGGAAGAUGUAGACUGGACCCGCCGGAAAGAUGAUGAAGUGUGUGCCACACUACGGGAUCUUCAGGAACAGCUAAAGCAUGUUGCCGAGCAUAAUAAACAGCGGAAAAAAGCCAUUCUGGAUUUGUUGCCGCAUGAAAUGGCAUUUCAGGAAUUCACAACCGUUUUAUUUGAUCUCGACAAACAGAUUGAACAAGCUUAUAUGAAGCGGAAUCGCUCACUUAAGGCCAAGAAAAAGCGUGUCGUUGUUGAUAAAAAUAGCCUCGCUGCUAUGAACUCACUCGCAGGCAUAAAAGCCCUCAUAAAAAAACGUAAAACGUGGCUUGAGACUGUUGGACUGUUGUUUCAGGACCGUCUCAACCCGUCGACGCUAGGGCUCGACAAACCGUUGUUUGUUGAGCAAACGGUUUCGUCGGAAUCAGUCGCACAAAGCAGUUCUCCUCGGAGGGAAGGGUCUUCGUCCGAAAAACCUUCACAAGCCCAAGAACGUUCCACGACCGUCUCUACAACAGCGCCUCAAGGUUAAGCAGUGUGACCCGAACACCCGUCUUCAUACGCUCUUUUUGCAUCUGUACACACCCACCCACAUUCUUUACUUUUCCGCCCGUUUUGAAAAGCCUUCCCCCGCUCGCUGUUUUAAUCUGUUUCCUUUUUGUUUCAUGUCUACGACCCGCCGUAUCCUGCUAACUUUUUGGUCUUGUACUCUCAUGUAUCACCACUGUGUCUUGGCUAUGUGCCACGCAGAACACGAAUCCAGCUCCCUCACUUAAUUAUACUAAUAGAUUACGGCAGAAUGAAAUUGUUUAAUGAACACA